AUGGCGCCUGCCAAUGGGCACCUGCUGCUCCCCAAAAUAUGGCGAGCAGCAAGGUUUGCCUAUGAAAAGGCUACCAAGGCUAUAAGAGCCAAACUCCCUGAACCGAGCCAACAUACUUCACUACGGUAUCAACCCGCCUAUGCCCGCAUCAAUGCCCGCCAGCCUAUCAAUCGUGCCGCGGCUAUCCGUCAAGCCCGCAGCCGCUACUUCUCGACUCGUGCGGCCGGUGCCUUUGUCUCUGCCAUUCGAUCUGGUAUUCAGGCCGAUGUGAAUGCGUACAAGACGACUCGAGUCUCUUCGAAUAUUAGCAAGAUUACCAGCCGUGCUCCGUUUGCGUCUACGCUUCGUCCGAAUUUGACUGGGGGAACGCUUGGUCGUACUGCGGGGGGAUAUACCAUUGGUGCUGGACGAUUCGGUGGUGCCCGGUAUUUCUCUCAUGGACCGGCUGCUCCCGCACAGGUUAUCCAGAAUGUCUCCCAGGGUGUUCGCGCGUUCUUCUUGUCUGGUCAGAAAGUCCGCUUUGAUGGGAUUGACCCGCACACGGGCGAGAAGCGGUACAAGGCUGUUAGUGUUUUGCAGGAUCAGGCUGGUCGCAAGAUGACCGCCGUCCCCCGCAAUGCUUCCGGCUCAAGCCUUGACUUCCAGCUGUCUCCUACCAUCACUGCCUUUGGUGCUUUUAGCGCUCUGAACAAGAAGUACGGAUCCGAGGCUGUUGAGACCCUCAACUCGGAUGGGCUUAUGGAUUUGCUGUCUGCCGACUUUGCCCGCGCUUUGAAGGAGUUUGCUACCGUGUUGAACGACUUGAAGCGUCUUUCGACAUUGGGCGAUCUCCCAAUUUCUCUACAUGAUCGCUCCACAAUUCGAGUACGAUUCCCCGGUUGUGAUGCCGAGACCGUCGAACGCCUAUGCGAUGAGGUCGGUAUUCAACGAGGCCGGAUCAUCCAAGAUGAAGACUUCAAUCUUCGAACCGGUGCUGAUCUCGCUCUCCUGUUUCCCUUCGCUCCCAGCGUAGCCGCCUCCUCCGACACGGAGUAUCUCUUUGAGAAGGCAUCAAACCCACACACUCACCCAUCCAAUGACAUUGACUGGCAAGGCAUGCUCACACCGGAAUUUGGCAGCCCCUUCACGGGGGAUUCGGGCCAUGACUCCGGCAAGGCGAUCAGUUUCGAGGAUAAAGAGUUGUUUGGCAGUAAUCCCUGGACAUCUUCGCAUUCUGCUUACUCGAGCAUUAACAUUAGUGAACUCGGGGAUCGUCCGUUCUUCCCGGAAAUCUCUAGCGCUGGUCUGCCGGAGGCUACUCCGGAGUAUGACGUUGAGGGGAUUUACAAGUUCCUGGCUGAAUGUGAUCGUGCACGACGCUGA